UUUUUUUUUUGACCUUGACCCUGUGACGAAAUAUUUAUGGCUGGGUUUGUUUGAGUAUUAUUCUGAGCUGUAAUAUAUACCGCCCGUUCUGCAAGAGCUCUUUUCGCUCUGUGUAACGAGACUGUGCAGCUGCCUUAUUAUUCGGAAUCCCUCUGUCCCGACAAGGGCCUCAUAGCAAAGCGCUGAAAAAGUUACACGUAUCCUACAUUUAUUGUUGAAGGAUAUCUGUACACAGGGCAGUGUCUGGCCACGAACAAUGCCCCGUUAGCUCUUUUCUCGCCACUGAGAUUUGACAUUCCCUAACAAUGUCUGCUGUUGAGGAGGCCUUUUUGGCUGCAGCGGCCAAUUUGGAACAUGUUCUGCCGUCAGGGUUCGACGCGACUGCUUCAUCCACUGAACCCUCAGAUGCAUCAACAGACACUGCCCAUGAUCUACGCUUUCACUUUCCCGGGGAGCCAAGCGAUGGGAAAACGGCUUUCGAAAAGCAAUUUCUAGGAUUUAUACGUCACAUUCAGUCUCUGCAAUUGAGUGCUCUAGAAACUCAGAUACCCUGCGCGGAACUGGAGAGUGAUUCUUACCAGUCUGCAUUGCCCACGCCUUAUACCAGGCCACUCAACAGUCGACUGUGUCCUGCGAUGAAAAGAGGGUCUGAAUGGUUGGAUGGAGGUUGGGAUAGCAACUAUAUCAACUGUAGCGCAGGAGAUGUGUUUGCACGCGAUGAUAAUUGUUCCUACAUAAGACAAGCGCUUGGUGAGCAAAAUCAGGAAAUAAAGCUUCCACGAGAGGUGGUUUCAAGUGUUUUCUCCGAAAUACUUCUUCAUCGUGCGGGGAGCAAGAAUGGUCAUCUUGUGGCAGAACUGCAGAAGCAUCGUCAGAUGAACAAAGCGCUUCGGACAGCACUACAGGAUAUCACGAAAAAUAUUAAACAGAUUGCUAAUGGGGAUCUCUCAACAAAGCUUUCAAUUGAUCGGUUGGAAAUGGACACAGACAUCAUCACUUCUAAGAUCACGAGUAAUGUCAUGAUAGAUCAACUGCGAGCUUUUGCUUAUGAGGUGUCCAGGGUUGCAUGGGAGGUAGGAAUGGAGGGCCUUCUUGGUGCUCAAGCACAAGUUCCCGGAAUGCACGGCGUAUGGAAGGAGAUUACCGAGAAUAUCAACUCCAUGGCAUUGAAUUUGGCCAACCAAAUUCGGGAAAUUACUGCGGUCACGACAGCAGUGGCACACGGUGACCUGUGUCAGAAGAUCAAAGGGCCCGCAAAGGGUGAAAUAUUUCAACUGCAGGACACCAUCAAUACUACGGUAGACCAAGUCCGUACAGUUGUCACUGAACUGAGCCAUGUCUCCCGUGAUGUCGGAAUCAAAGGGGUUCUUGGCGGACAGGCCCGUAUAUAUGGGUCUCAAGGAAUGUGGAAUGAACUUACUGCCAAUGUCAAUGCAAUGGCCAACAACCUGACUAUGCAAGUUCGUGCCAUAGCCACUGUAACUACCGCGGUCGCAAAUGGGGACCUUACUCGGAAAGUCCAGGCAGACUGUAAUGGAGAGAUCCUCGCUUUGAGGAGUACUAUCAACUCUAUGGUUGACCAGCUCCGACAGUUUGUCCAAGAGGUCACCAAAGUCGCAAGAGAAGUGGGGACUGAUGGUGUGCUAGGUGGCCAGGCAACUGUUAAUGGCGUCAAUGGUGUUUGGAAAAGCCUGACACAGAAUGUUAAUGGAAUGGCAAUGAACCUGACAAACCAAGUCCGUGAAUUGACAGAUGUGACCAAUGCUGUGGCUCGCGGGGAUCUUACCAGGAGUAUCACAGCUAAUGUGAGUGGAGAGAUUUUGGAUCUCAAGGAAGCGAUGAAUAGGAUGGUGAGUCGAUUAAAUCAGAUUGCAUCGGAGGUUUGUAAAGUGGCUCGUGAAGUUGGUGUCGAUGGUACCCUUGGUGGACAGGCUGCGGUUCCCAAUGUCGAAGGAGAAUGGAAGGUGCUGGCAGACAAUGUCAAUAUGAUGGCGGCCAACCUGACCUCACAAGUUCGAGCCUUUAACCAAAUCACUAAUGCCGCCACUGAUGGUGACUUUAGUAAAAUAAUUACAGUGAGCACCUCUGGCGAGAUGGACGAGCUGAAGCGAAAAAUAAACAAGAUGACCUCCGACUUGCGUGAUAGGAUUCAGCACAAUAUUGCGGCUAUGGAGGCUGCUGAGCUGGCAAACAAGAGCAAAUCGGAUUUCCUUGCGAAUAUGAGUCAUGAGAUACGAACGCCCAUGAACGGCAUUAUUGGCAUGACUCAACUUACCCUUGAUACAGAUGAUCUGGCUCCGCACACCCGGGACAUGCUAAAUGUGGUCCGCAACCUGGGAAACAGUCUCUUAGUGAUCAUUGAUGAUAUCCUCGAUGUCUCUAAAAUCGAAGCGAAUCACAUGGAGAUCGAAGCUGUUCCAUUUAGCCUGGGGCAAGCUAUAUUUAAGGCCCUGAAGACUCUUGUGGCUGCAUGUAGUGAAAGAAGCCUUCGCCUCAUAUACCACACCAACCACUCGGUGUGUGAUUAUGUGGUUGGGGACGCGUUUCGCCUGCGGCAGGUUAUUCUAAAUCUAAUUGGAAAUGCAAUCAAAUUUACUGAGACUGGAGAGGUUGUGCUUACUGUCAACGAGACACAUUCAACAGCUUGUCCUCCAGGCAAAUGUUCACUCGAGUUUUGCGUUUCGGAUACAGGUAUCGGCAUAGAAAAGAGCAAAUUAGAAUUGAUUUUCGAUACCUUUCAACAAGCGGAUAGCUCUAUGACAAGACGAUUUGGCGGCACCGGACUUGGCUUAUCAAUUUCCAAGAAGUUGGUUAAAUUGAUGGGAGGAGAUAUAUACGUCACGUCCGCCAUGGGUGUCGGGAGCAAUUUCCACUUCACAUGCGUAUUUGCAUUGUUGAAUCGAUCCAUCAAGGGCAUUACCAAGGAGCUUACACCAUAUAAGAGCUGUCGAGUGCUGUUCGUCGAAGACCCUGAUAAAUACACCAGUGGCGAUUCAGAGCACAUCAAGCUGAUUCUACAGGAGUUUGGCCUUGACACUGAUAUUGUCAAUAUUGAAGACUGUACCUCCCAACCAGGAACUCUGGUUCCGCCCAUCACAAUUCCACAUCGGCAAUAUGACGUCUUGAUGGUGCAGACUAUAGAAUCCGUAUCUCAACUGAGGGGCUUGAAUACAUUCAAGUCUCUCCCUGUUGUUCUAGUCUGUCCUGUGGUGUCAGUCGAUAUGGAGUCCGCACUAGACUUAGGCGUAAUAUCCUAUGUGACAACUCCCUGCCGCCCAAUUGAUUUAGUUAACGGAAUCCUCCCUGCUCUAGAAAGCCGACCUUUACGCAAUCACUCAGGAAAUCCUCACCCUUUGUUCAUCCUGCUCGCUGAAGACAACGAGGUAAACCAGCAGGUAGCCCUCAAGAUGAUAGAAAAGCACCAUCAUAAUGUGACUGUAGCUGGAAAUGGACAAGAGGCCCUGGAUGAAUUUCGGCACCAACAGUACGAUGUAAUUUUAAUGGAUGUUCAAAUGCCUGUCAUGGACGGAUUGGAGUCGACGGUCCAAAUUCGCGAGUACGAGAGAGCCCACAGUCUACGCCGCACUCCUAUCAUCGCUCUCACGGCUCAUGCAAUGUUCGGCGACCGGGAAAAGUGUAUUGCAACAGGAAUGGACGACUAUCUCCCCAAACCGCUCAACCAGACAGAGUUGAUGGAAAAUAUCCACAAGCAUGCCGCUCUCGGGGGGAGCCUAUGACUUAUAUUGAUGUUUCAUGACUCAGCUGCGCUAGUAAGUACAAAGAACAGGUAGUAUGGCUAUAAAUAGCUGUAUCUCUCCCCGUAGAUAGUACUGACUAUCAACAAAAGUUCAAAGUUUUAACGCGAGGGGUCGGAUUAUGAAAUCUCUCACACCCCUACACCCUCCGAUCGUUGGGAGGAACGACUAGGGAAGAGAACAAAACCUAUGAACGACCGGAGGGAGUCAAGUCUCCCUCCCGCUCCACUACAGAGAAAAUAUCAUUACAAGAUAAUGUUCAAUACUGUCGGUCUGUCCCAGGCGCAGAUCGUGUGUUUGAUUGAGCAGUGAAUUAGCGAAUCCGCGGCAAUGAGCCAGGCUGACUCGAACGUAUUGCUGUCAUUUUGCAGAGGUGUACACUCUCUCUUUGCAAUGGUAUCACUGCAUAUCGUCUCAACAAUAGUCAAGCUAAACUAUGGUCAUCCGCGACAUGUACUCAGAACUUAUGAACAGCUAUUACUAUCCCGGUUAUAGCCACGGUGUCUAAAGUGGAGCUGUUCUAUGUAGAAUUUUUGCAUUCUGGAAUCCAGCCAAAGCGUAUACUAGAG